AUGGAGACAGUGACGGUGCGAAUGGCAAGAGGCGAUCGAGGCACCUCAUGGGGCUUUGGCGUCACCGAAGCGCCAAAUCGCGACGUUAUCAUAGUAAAUGUCGUUGGUGGUUCAUUAGCGGAUCGCGCCGGUCUUCGGGACGGAGAUAUCAUCGAUCAGCUCGAGGGUCUUGGAAACCUCGACAUCAACGCAGUUGAUCGUCUCCUCGUCACCUCACGCGAUAAAAUCGAACUUGUUGUACACAGAAUCGAAUCGAAGAGUAAAAGAGAGAAGAUGAAGAAAGAAGAUGGCGAAGAGGAGCGAGAGAUGAAUGAGCUGCUGAAGCAGUAG